ACGCCCAGCUCUACCUUCAAUUCCUUUUUCUUCAUCCAAGUCACCAGGAAAUUAAACACAUACAGUAUAUCACAAAGCAACAUGGCAGGCAUACGCAUGGCCAGCGACGACGAUGACCGGAAGAAGGUGGUCCCCGACAUCGACGACGAGGACGAGCUGUUCGAGCUCGACAUCGACCUCCUCGACGGCCACCGCGGCCAUUACUAUUCUGCUGCCGUCGCCGACGACGGGCAGCAGCAGCAUGCUCUGCUGGCCAACUGCCUGCUGCCAGCACGGUCGGUGAGCAACGCGGUGCCGGUCGACGCGAGCAGCGCGCUGUCGUCGUACCCCUACUCAGGCUACUACAGCUCCAGGAGGCUCGUCUUGGGUGGCGGCGUCGGCAGGAGGUUUCUUCUUGGACGGCCAGGGAACUCGGCCAGGUUUUGCUUCUCGAGCAGAGGCUUCGAUGCCUACUUUCAGAGGUACUGAUCGGGCACGUUUCGUCCCAUGUAAUGCAACAGCUAGCAGUACAGACUACAGUCUACAGACCGAUCGAGCAAGGUAACUAGCUAGCUAGGUUCAGUGGCUUAUGUUAAAGCGCAAUAAAGAGGCUGCAUUUUUGCCACAAUAUGGUUCAUUUCUGGCUCAGUCGUUGUGUACUAUAAAUCGACGGAACAGUUCAACUUUGUUUUCAGUCACUUUUUUUUUCGGAAUUUCGGGUGAUUAUGUGAUGGUUUCUCACCCAGAUUUCUACGGCCAGGAUCAUUCCAAGAUUCCAGAUUUCUAAUUAUCUCUCGGGUGAUUAUGAUU